GCGUGUCAGCUGUCACCGAGCGCGUCCUGCAUAUAGUUUUGUGUCUUGCUAAGAGUUGAUUGUUUUUUGGUGUUGUAAUUUUUAUGAAACACAAAGUUUGUCGUUGUUUAUACACAUUUACAAACACUUUUAUACAUACUAGUGGUUAAAUCUUUUUAUUAAGAUGACUGAAACUGAAAUUGUCGGCGGAUUACGUAUUGGGGAUUUGGUAGAAGAUGGAGCUUUUAUGGAACUCAAGCUCAACCCGCCGCCAGAAGAUCACGUACAAGAAGCCGAAUGUACUGAGGCACUUCAACAAUAUUUAAAACUCGAAUGUCUUGACUUGGACAAACCUUCAUACGAUGGAGAAGAACCAUUUACAGCAAUCGCCAAAGAUAUGACAAACUUACUACAAAAUGGAAAAAUCAAGAAAAAAAUAAUUAGAGAAGGGUACGGCCCAACAGCAGACAACUUAUCAACUGUCAAAAUAAAUUACAACGCUUAUGUGCAAUUUGAGGCCCAACCAUUUGACUCGACCUAUGCCAGAAAAUCACCGUUUACGUUCACAGUUGGCCAGGGGGAAGUUAUUUAUGGGCUAGACCUUGCCGUGCAAUCAAUGAAAAUUAAUGAAAAGGCGCAAUUUUUAAUUGAUCCCGAACUAGCUUAUAGAGACAGUGGUUUGAACAGAAUUCCGCCAAAUUCCGUUGUUUUGUUCGAAGUGGAAUUAUGUGAAGUUAAAGAAACUUUGAAAAAUAGACCCGAAGUUAACGAGAGGGAAUUCAAGCAUGUGUACCCUCAAUGUGUGGCGCUUUGUGCCAAAGGCAAAGACAUGGUUCGCCUAAAAGACUACCAAGGUGCAAUCAAACAAUACACCACAUCUGCUAAUAAACUAGAAGAAGCAAUUUUGGAGAAUUACGAAGAGCAGUUAAAAUGUGAAGAACUGAUGGUUCGUUUAUACACCAAUUUGUUGGUUUGUUGCACACAUGCCGAGAUACCUAAACGCGGCUGUAUCUUCGCACAAAAAAUUUACGAAAUGGCCAAAAAUGGAACAUUUAAAGUUUCGGCCAAAGUAUAUUUCAAUCAUGCCAAAUGCCAAAGAAUGCUGGGUGCUUAUAAACAAGCAGAAAGGAAUUUUCAACAAGCAAAAGCUUUGGAGCCCGGGAAUGAAGAAAUAAGUAAAGAAUUGGCGAUUUUGAAGAAAGCUAAAGAAGAGUACAACAAACAGCAAGCGAAAUUCGCAAAAGCACUUCUUAAAUAAAUUAUACAAAGUGGUCAAGAAUGAAUGUUUUGGUUGGCUAUUGUUUUACAUGACAAAUGUUUGAUGAAAACGUAGUCUAGAGUGCGUAUAUUUUGUCAAAAUUAGAUAAAAAUUUGUUAAUAGUGACAAAAGGAAUGGUUGACAACAGAAAGGAAUGUGAUUACUUUCUUAGUUUGCAAAAUGUCAAAUAUACUGUCAAGUUCACUGACUACAAGCGGAAGUUUGUCCAGUUUUUUAAGAAAUGUCAAUCUGAUAGUGACGUCACUUAAGAAUGAAAGAUUGCGAAUUAAAACAGUUGUUCUUGAUCAGCCAAAUUUGUUGAAUUUCUCGUAUUAAUUAAUAUAUUUGUAAAAUAAAUGACUGGCGACUUAUAAA